AUGUGGGCAAAACUCUCGGUUUCGUCCACUGGAGACAUUAGGAAAACAGCUGUGAUUAAUGAAAUACAGAGAACCAGGUUAUUAAUACAAAUCAAUGAGAAGAGUGAGCCCAUACAGAAUAAUCAGACCAAACAAGCCUUCUUGCUAAGCCUGUCCAGUGUACAUCCUGAUACAGACAAGAUAAUUCCUAUUUUAUUUAGACCUCCAGCUUUCAUGCCCAUAACUCUUCCCUUGGUCAUCGUUUCAUCUGUUCAGCGUCAGGCAAAGCAUUCUCUUUUUUGGCAGUUUGUGUUUCACACAUACACCACAGCAUUCACUCUGGUAAAUGGAAAUGGCACCCCAAAGGCUGAAGGAUACUCACUUCAGCAAAAGCAGGUCUUCCUUGGCUUGGGAGCCAUUUCCUAUUCAGCCUGUAUUGGUGCUCUGCCUCUUGCCUUUGCGAAUCGUUAUGCAUUGAAGAGCCCAUUGAUGCAACUUUUUGUGAAAAAACUGCUACCUGCUCCUCUGCUUGGUCUGAUGAGUGCAUUUACUGUGGCGAUGGUGAGAAGUCCAGAAUUUGACAAUGGGAUAGAAGUGAUGGACAGGAAUGGCAAUGUUAUAGGAGUGUCUAAGAAGGCUGGUGAGAAGGCUGUUAUGGAAACAGCAUUGUCCAGAGCAGUCUUGUUUGGGACAACGUUCUUCCUGCCAGAAGUGCUCAUGUACUUUGUGCAGAGAGCAAGAUUUGUUAAAAAUCCUCGAGCUUUGGGUCCAGUGAGGAUGUUUGUGAUUAUGUCAGUGCUAGCAGGGAUGCUGCCAGUCUCAUUUAGUAUGUUCCCACAGUGUGGGGAGAUAAAGCGAGCAGACCUUGAACCAGAAAUUCUGACAUCUACAGAAGAAACAGAGUUCUUCUACAACAGGGGGAUUUAGAGCCUGGCUUUUAUGUAUAAAUGUGUGCUCUGAUCCAAGAGAAUUCUGAAUGCACCACUGGCAUUUGUGACUGAACUGUGAUUCCGUGGUGGCAGAGGUGCCAGAUCUGGUGUACCAUGGUCUGGCCUGUACAGAGGCAGAACUUGGCAACCUGGCUUUGCCAGCCCCAGCCUGGAGGCACAUGAACACACCUCACUGAUGCUGAAAAGUGCUAGAAAAGCACUGUAACACAGCCUUUGUCACAACCUGUGUUCUGUGCUUCCUCUGGUGAUUGAUUUCUUAAUUAAAUGACUGUUGAGUACAUAAGUUUGUUCUGCUGCUGCAGCUUUUGGUGCACUUCUUUCCAGGAACCCAGCUGGUGAAGGCUUUGACAUCAGGACUCCUGUGGGUAAAGUCCAGCUGGUUCUUCUCAGAACACUUUGAUGUUUUCAGUGACCUAACAAUGCUCAUUUUUAGGAUGAGACGUGAGUGAGGCAGCCCUUGAAGUGAUAUUAGACAUAGCAGUAGAAUAUUGGUUUAAUUUAGUUGUUUAAAAAGUGUUCAGGAAAUGAGUGUCAAGUUUGACUACCAGUUAAUGCCUGGCUUUCUAAACAUCCUUGAAGGAGUUCUGAGGCCUGAUGGCCCUUGAGCUUUAGAACUUGUUUUUUUACACUGAAGCCAUGAGGAGAUCCCAUGUCUUUCUGAUCUGGACAAUGAGGAAUUCCACUUUUGCAGGUUGGCUGUGUUUAUCCAAAGAAAGCAAGCUCUUUUGAUAUGUGGCAUCAUUUUGGUAUGUUGAUCAGCAACAUUUUGCUGAUCCUGUGUAAUUAUUCAGGGACUCUCAGUUGUCUGUGAAGAGUUGCAAAAAGAGCUUACAGGAGAUCCUGUGAUUGUGACAACGUCUUCAGUGAUUUUUGAGCCACCUCUCCUACAACCCCUGCCUAUAGUUAUGUGAGGUGCUGCUCAGGCUGUGUGACAAGGAUGGAAAUGCACUAAAUAAUAUAAAAUUGUUUAUAUGAAAGUGGUUAUCGCAAGUGCAGCCUCCAAAGUGCCAUAAUUUAACUUCCUUAGGGCACAAUAUGCAGGUCACUGCUCUCCUGUUGCUGAAGGAUUGGAUUUCUUUUCACAGUAUGAGGAAAACAAUGAUUGCCCAAUUCAAUCCAUCCUACAGGAAGAGAACAGCAUAGAGCAAAGUAAGGAAAAACAGCAGGCCUGGACUUUCAAGAAGAGACUCCUGCUGUGCUUUUGGCACUGAACAAAAGCAGGAAGUUGGGGGUUGAGUUUAAUUUGUUUGAGUUCUGCCUUUUUUGAGCCUUCCUCUGUCAAUUUACUGGAGGGAAAGGUCAGACAAGGGGAGAGAGGAGCAGCAGCACAUCCUAAGGACCUGGAACUGGAGGGGAAUGUGCUGUAAAGCUGUUCCUGGAAGACCAUAUGGAUACUGUCUGUAAUGGGCAGGUAAAGGAUUGUUUACACCUGCUGAACUCUGCAGCCUCAGCCUCUGUGGGUGCUGUUCUUCAGUACAGGGUAAAUAAAAUCUCAUCAAGGUCAACAAGAUAAUUGUGUUGUGUCAGACCAAAGGGCCUGCUGAGGCAAAUGUCAUCUGCUCCUGGCAGGAGGUGAGAACUAGAUGAUACUCAGGGUCACUUCCAACCCAAACCAUUCCAUGAUUCUACCACAGGGUCAGGUGGAACAGCCUCAGCCUGCCUCUGGCUGAAGUGUUUGUCUCCUUCCAAACCUUUAAUGGCAGAGGCACAGAUAACAUCCUGUAGUUAAAUGAUCUACACCAUGUUUCUCUAUUCCUAUUUCAAUCACAUACCAAAGGCAAAUGCAGAAGAGGUUUGAUUCCACUCCCAGUAAACAGUAACUGGCACUGAAGACCUGCA